UUUGAGUGGCUGCUGGUGCUGGACGUGGAGGCGACCUGCGACGCGCGCGGCCGCCCGUGGGAGCACGAGAUCAUCGAGUUCCCUGUGGUGGCGCUCAACCUGCGCACGCUGCAGGUCGAGCACGAGUUCCACUCCUUUGUGCGCCCGACAGCCAACCAGACUCUCACGCCGUUUUGCCGCAAGCUCACCGGAAUCACGCAGGAGCAGGUCGAUGCGGCGCCGCCGCUAGAUGCGGUGCUGCGCGAGUUCGACGGCUGGCUGCGCGAGCGCGGCCUCGUCAACACGGCCGAGGCGCGCAGCUUCGCCUUCGGCACGGACGGGCACUUUGACUGCCAGUUCUUUGUCGACGGCGAGUGCUCGCGCAAGGGCAUCCCAAAGGCGGAGUACUUUGACAAGUGGGUCAACCUCAAGCAGCUGUUUGCCGACCACUACAAGGUGCGCCGCUGCAAGAUCGCCAAGAUGCUCGAGCGGCAAGGCAUGCGCUUCGAGGGCCGGCUGCACUCUGGCAUCGACGACUCGCGCAACAUUGCCCGGAUCGCGGCGCAGCUGGUUCGGGACGGU